UAAUCCUAUGAUAUUAUUUCAACCGGCUUGGGCUUUGGUGUGUUGUUUUGUGGACUAUGAACUAACCUAGGUAACCAGCAGCCAUAUAUCACUCUUUCUACAUACCAAACACAACACCAACGAUGUCUUCCCCAACCAAACGCCGUGACAUGGACUUGAUGAAGCUGAUGAUGACUGAUUAUAAGGUGGAGAUGAUCAAUGAUUGCAUGCAAGAGUUUUUUGUUCAAUUUCAUGGCCCUAAAGACAGUCCAUAUCAAGAAGGUGUAUGGAAGAUAAGAGUGGAGCUACCUGAUGCUUAUCCUUAUAAGUCGCCUUCUAUUGGUUUUGUCAACAAAAUUUACCAUCCUAAUGUUGAUGAAAUCUCUGGUUCAGUUUGCUUGGAUGUUAUUAACCAGACUUGGAGUCCCAUGUUUGAUCUUGUUAAUGUGUUCGAAGUGUUUCUUCCUCAACUUCUUAUAUACCCCAAUGCAUCAGAUCCAUUGAAUGAUGAGGCUGCUUCCUUGAUGAUGCGAGAUCGUGCUGCAUAUGAACAAAAAGUUAAAGAAUAUUGUGAAAAAUAUGCCAAGCCAGAAGAUAUCGGAGCUUCUCAUGAGGAAUCUAGCGACGAUGAGCUGAGUGAAGAUGAUUAUGCCUCGAGUGAUGACGGCAUUGCUGGCAAACCUGAUCCCUAGAUUGUUACAAUGUCUACCUUAUUUACAGUCAUGCUUGUACAUGUCUACAUGAUAAGAUAUUGAAAGUAUUGGAAUUGAAAGAGACAUUUUCUGAAGGUUGAAGGAAAAACCCUCACCUUUCUAUCUUUCUAUUCCUUGGUGGUUGUGUAAAUUUAUUGAUUGUUUAAAUGUUUCAUAUUUUUACCUUUGUGACUACAAGGUUCAAAUUCAGAAGAUUUAUUUCAAGCUGGUUUUGCAUAUGAAUGCAUUAAA